CUCCAAGAUGGCUCGCGGUCACGUGACGAGGGGUGUGGGCCGCGUCCCGGCGGAAACGUGAGGGACCGAGCAGGGAACGGCAGCUGGAAGCGGCGGGAGCGGGGCUGGCGCCGCCGGAGCAGACGUGCCGCAGGGCGGGAGACACGGCUGUCACCACGGAGCCCGCGAGCGCUAACACGGCGGCGGCCACCGCCGCCUCGCGGGCCGCGGGCGCCGGGGACCAGGCGAGCUCGCUGCCCCCGCCCAGGAUGCAGCGCAGGAAGAGGAACGCGGGCAGCAGCUCGGAUGGGACGGAGGACUCCGAUUUUUCCACGGAUCCCGAGCACACGGACAGCUCGGAGAGCGACGGCACGUCCCGGCGAUCCGCCCGCGUGACGCGCUCCUCGGCCAGGCUCAGCCAGAGCUCCCAAGACUCCAGCCCGGUGCGGAACCCGCCUUCCGGGGCGGAGGAGCCGGUGUACUCGACGCGCAGGGUGACCCGCAGCCAGCAGCAGCCCGCCCCCGUCACCCCCAAGAAGUACCCGCUGCGCCAGACCCGCUCCUCCGGCUCCGAGACAGAGCAGGUGGUGGAUUUCUCGGACAGAGACACUAAGAACGCAGCGGAUCACGAUGAGUCCCCGCCUCGCACUCCCACCGGGAACGCCCCUUCCUCGGAGUCGGACAUCGACAUCUCCAGCCCCAACGUGUCCCACGACGAGAGCAUUGCCAAGGACAUGUCCAUGAAGGAUUCCGGGAGCGACCUCUCCCACCGGCCCAAGCGCCGCCGCUUCCACGAGAGCUACAACUUCAACAUGAAGUGUCCCACUCCUGGCUGUAACUCCUUAGGACACCUGACCGGGAAGCACGAGAGACACUUCUCCAUCUCGGGGUGCCCACUGUACCACAACCUCUCAGCAGAUGAGUGCAAGGUGCGAGCCCAGAGCCGGGAUAAGCAGAUUGAGGAGCGGAUGUUGGCCCACAGGCAGGAUGACAACAACAGACACGCCACCAGGCACCAGGCCCCCACAGAGAGGCAGCUGCGAUACAAGGAGAAGGUGGCUGAGCUCAGGAAGAAGAGGAACUCAGGACUGAGCAAGGAGCAAAAGGAAAAAUACAUGGAGCACAGGCAGACCUAUGGCAACACCAGGGAACCUCUCCUGGAAAACCUGACCAGUGAGUACGACCUGGAGCUGUUCCGGAGGGCGCAGGCACGGGCAUCCGAGGACCUGGAGAAGCUGAGGCUGCAGGGGCAGAUCACCGAGGGCAGCAACAUGAUUAAAACCAUUGCUUUUGGUCGUUACGAGCUGGACACGUGGUACCACUCCCCCUACCCCGAGGAGUACGCUCGGCUGGGCCGCCUCUACAUGUGUGAGUUCUGCCUCAAGUACAUGAAGAGCCAGACAAUCCUGCGUAGGCACAUGGCAAAGUGUGUUGGAAACAUCCCCGGGGGAGAUCUACCGCAAGGGCUCCAUCUCCGUGUUCGAAGUGGAUGGGAAGAAGAAAAAGAUCUACUGCCAAAACUUGUGUCUGCUGGCAAAACUCUUCCUGGACCAAAAACACUGUAUUAUGAUGUGGAACCCUUCCUCUUCUAUGUCAUGACAGAAGCUGACAACACUGGCUGUCACCUGAUAGGAUAUUUCUCCAAGAUUUGGGGGAGCAGCCACGGGGAGAGGGAAGUUUGGGAUGCUCCCGAUCCCGGGGACGGCCCCGACCCGAAAUGGAGCUGCCCCGGGCGGGACACGCGUGUCGUCAACCCCGGCAUCGCCCCCCGAGCUCCCCGGGCGAAAUCUGCCGCCCAGAUGCCGGAGCCGCAUUCCCAAAUAAUGGGAAGCAGGUUGGCGGUGGGGCCAGGAGUGGCCCAGGGCCAGGAGCGGGCACGGCUCGUCCCGGGACUGCCGCGGGAUCAGGGAUGCUCCCGAGCCCCGGGAUCGGGGGAGCAGAGGGGUGGCUCUCCUGACCACUCCUGCUCCGAGCUCCUCACCGAGGAAAACGGGGAUGAGCAGGAAAACAGGGAUUAG